AGCUACUACGAGUCCAAGAGCCAUUGAAUUCUUGGACACGGCACAGAAUAUCAAUAAGUCACAAACUACGAAUGAUAAAUAUUGGGCUAACGUCAAUAUGGGUAGUACAAAAAAAUCGGGAGAACCAAAACUACUGCAAGACGUUACUUCGGAAUCGGAUCUUGAGCUGAAUUUAUCCUCUCAUCUGAAUGUCCACGAAUGGCUACUCAGUAGUAACUUUUCCGAUUUUGGUGAACCAUCCCCUGUAUCCACUAACACACCAGAUAUGAGGACAUUUUUUGUAGACCCUUCCACACUGUAUCAAAAUAUACCACAGCUGGAGUCGGAAAUUCAGAAGCAAAACCCGCCUAUAACCGUUUUACAGCGUACAAAAUCUGAAUCGAAAAAUGAAUUUGUAUCAAGGAGUUAUCGAAAGACUCCAAAAAGCAUAAUAGGAAUUUAUGAAGCAGGUUUCGAGGGUAUUACUCAUGCUGGGACCAGUAUACUGGAAACAUUGCUCAAGGAUUUGAAGAAAUAUGACAUCCUGGAGGGACUGGAUGCAUCCGAUAAGAAUUUCUUCGCACCUUUGAUAGAUAUUGACUCAGUUACAGAUAAACUCAAGAAUAACGACUAUAUUUAUGUUAAUGAGAUAGUACGUGAUUUGAGAUAUCUCAUCAAUUAUUACAAUGGGUUUGCAGAGCAUUUCACCAACUUUGAUAACAAGAAGAAAGAAUUAGUCACGUUCAUAACCGAAAUGUUUUCACUGAAACUGCGCGAUUUUCUACUGGAAUACUUUCCUGGGUUUGAUUUUGUUGAUAUCAAAGGCGAUAUACUUCAAGAAGUUGGACCUCUCAAACUGAAAGUGAUUAUCAAUAAUUAGAAAACAGGUGGCAGCUUCCACCCAAUAAGUGAAAAGAUUUAAAUAGUUAGGUUUAAAUUUUUUUAAACAAAUUAUGGUAUUAUCGUAAGAGAAAACAAGUACAUUCACUUUUAUUCAAGAAAUAAAUUAUCCAAAAUUUUA